UUUUUAUCGCGAGAAUUAAGCAUUAGCUUCAUCCGCGUUUCGUUCAACGAUCGAAGAUGGCCACGACGGAGGUUCGGCUCAAUCAUACGAUCUACAUCAACAACUUGAACGAGAAAAUCAAGAAAGAUGAGUUGAAGAAGUCUCUCUACGCCAUCUUCUCACAGUUUGGCCAAAUUCUGGACAUCUUGGUCGCACGUACUUUUAAAAUGAAGGGUCAAGCCUUUGUCAUCUUUAAAGAGGUCAACAGUGCCUCCAAUGCGCUCCGAUCCAUGCAGGGAUUUCCCUUCUAUGACAAACCCAUGCGCAUUCAGUAUGCCAAUUCGGAUUCAGACAUCAUUGCCAAAAUGAAAGGCACUUACGUGGAGCGCGAUCGUAAAAAGGAGAAGAAGAAGCCUCCGAAACCCGAGUCGAGCGGGAACAAGAAAGCGGCCGCCCUGGCUGCUGCGGGCAUGACUGGUCAGAUGAACCAGGGGGGCCGCAUGAUUCACAUGCCAGGGCAGCCGCCCUACAUGCCCCCGCCCGGCAUGAUGCCCCCGCCAGGGAUGGCACCAGGCCAGAUGCCCCCUGGUGGCAUGGGUCAGAUGAUGCCGGGACAGAUGCACCAGCAGAUUUCGGAGAAUCCUCCCAAUCACAUUCUUUUCCUCACCAAUUUGCCCGAGGAGACCAACGAGCUUAUGCUGUCUAUGCUCUUCAACCAAUUUCCGGGCUUCAAGGAAGUGCGUCUGGUCCCCGGCCGGCACGACAUCGCCUUUGUGGAGUUUGACAACGAAGUGCAGGCCGGCGCGGCACGAGAAGCUCUGCAAGGCUUCAAGAUCACGCAGAGCAACGCCAUGAAGAUUUCUUUCGCCAAGAAAUAACGUUGUCGACUCCUCGCACAGGUGUGUUUGCAGCAGUUAAAUGGGAUGUAUUUUUUUCGUGUUCAUUUUAUGAUUGCAAGCAUUGCACCCAGUGUCUGGGCUGUCAGACAUCACACCUGGAGCUUGUAUUGUUUUUAUUGGUUUUUAUUUUUUUUUACAAUAAAAAAAAAAAUCUCAGUAAAUGUA